AUGGAAAGAAGAAAUACUCUCCCACCUCCUUCUCCCCAGAUGCGCUUAGAAGAAUUGGUCAAUGAUGAAAAGAUCAAUCAUCUUGAAGCAGAGGUAACCUACUUAAAAUCCCAACUGGAACUGCUAUCACCAGUUUUGGCUCUCUCAGUCCAAAUAUCCCAGUCCAAUUUCACCGACCCGGUCAGCUACAUCUCUGAGAAGAUCAACGAGCAGUACAUCUUAAAGCUAGCCGAAGACUCUGUUUCCAAGCGAGGCUUCUUUCAAUACCAAGAUGAAGUCGAGCAGAAGUUGGCCCAGGUCCAGAAAGAGGUUAUGAGGCAAGAGAAGGAUUUGUACUCCUGCAACUAGUAAA